AUGAGACAUUCACGGUUAACUGACUCCAGAACUACCCUGGUUACUAGCAGAGGAGGAGGAGGAGGAGGAUGGAGUACCGCUAACCAGAGAUACACUAAUGUUAUCCAGCCAUCUACCUUUAAGUCUAAUACGUGGGGUGGCAGCAGAGAUCACGGAAGAGGAUUUUUUGGCUCCUCUGAUUUUGGAUCAUCAGGCAGCGGCAGCAGAAAUGCAGACUUUUCGCAGAACAGAUUCUCUGCGUUAAUGAACAGUCAAAAUAUUUCUGAAGGCUAUAAAGAUGAAGAGGAGAGACUUCUUGAAUGUGUAGUGAAAGACAUGGAAAUUUGGGAAUCUUCAGGACAAUGGAUAUUUUCAUCUUACUCGCCAAUGAAAGAAAAGCCGAAUGUCUCGGGCUUUUCAGAUUUCUCGCCAGAAGAGUUGCGUCUGGAGUAUUAUAACUGCAGAGCAAACAAUAACAUUCAAAACUAUAUAAAUUCUGUCCAACAGUUAGCAAGCCAAUGGAAAAAUCGGCUGCUUCAGUUGAAAGCUUUAAAUGCAUCGACAAAAGCAGCUUUGCUAUCUGAAUUAAAGAACACGGUCGUUCAGCCAGUGCCUUCCUUUGGAUUUGGAGGACAGCAAACAUCAAGCUUUGGGUUGUCAAACUUCCCUGUGAACAGCGGCAGUGCUAGCAGUUUCUCCUUUAAAACAAGUUCCAGUCUCAUCAGUGCAUCAUCUGGAAACACCCCUGCUUUUGGAAGCUCUUCUGCUGGUUGUAAUCCUCCUGCAUUUGGUGUGACGUCCUCUCCUAGCGUAUCCCAUUCUGUUGGUUUUGGCAGCCCGGCGGCUCCGUCUGCAGCCUCCUUCUCCUUUAAAACUUCGGAAACAACUCGUGAGCUUGGAACUUCUGGGUUUUCAGGGUUUGGCAAUUCUGCUGUGAACUCUUCAAGCACUGCUCCGCUGACAGCCUUUGGAGCUUCUAAUGCAGCAGCAGCCCCUGCUCCCUCGCAUUCAAGCAGUGCUUUAUUUGGACAGACUGCCAGUGCCUCUGGACAUAACGUAACGUCAGCGUCUUCUGCAGUCACAAACAGUGCUACCUCAGAAAAGUUAUUUACACCAAAGAACGAACUAUCAGCUGAAGAGUUGAAACAAUUUGAAGCAAAAAAGUUUACGAUUGGAAAGAUUCCUCUUAAGCCGCCACCAUUAGAACUUUUAAAUGUUUAG